AUGCCACCUCUCAACGAAGCUGCCUGGAUUCUGAAGCCAAAAGAUGAUCUCAAGCGAUCCACCGCGGCCUAUAACCCCCCUUUAGAAGGUGAAAUUGUGAUCGAGAACCGCGCUAUUGCAAUACAACCUUUCGAUGCCAAUGUCCGGGCCCGAGCAUACAUCGAUGUGCCCUACCCAUUCAUCUUGCGUAAUGGAGUUGCUGGUAUUGUCCAUGACGUCGGCCCGUCAGUAACUAGAUUCAAAAAGGGCGACCGCGUCGUGUCCGAUACGCCUACUUACCAGCUCAAACAGUCUAAGUACGGGGGUUGGCAGAUAUUUGUCGUGAGUAGAGAGGCCACGACCGCUAAGAUACCGGCAAGCACAACUUUUGAGGAUGCUGCCGCAAUACCGUUUGCGCUAUUAACAGCUGUUUCUGCGUUGCACUUACACCUGGGCAUGGGGAAACCCGGAAUGAAUUGCAAAGGGAAAGCAUUAAUUUGGAGUGGUAGCGGAUCUGUGGGAGGUUACGCUGUUCAAUAUGCUGCCAGUGUCGGUUACGAAGUUGUGGCAACUGCUUCCUCGCGAAAGUUCGAGUAUGUCCGUGGUCUUGGGGCUUCUACUGUUCUCGACUACAAGGAUGAUGAGAUCGUCUCAAAACUGAAGAGCUUCGGCCCUUACGACUAUAUCAUGACGGCUUCGGGUGACGCGAAAGGUUCAAGCGCCUUAAGUGAAAUCCUGCAACCGGAUGGUGGAACAUUUGCCUCUGUCCGCCCGCAAAGCAGUGAAAUGAAUCUGGCUAAGAAUGUCCAUUUAGUCUACGAUUUUUUCAGCAUGACUACUCAGAAGCCGGAAAAUGGUGAGUUUACGGAAUGGUGGUAUGGUGACUACCUCCCCGGGGCUCUGGGUGGAAACGUGACCCCCACACCCUUGGAAAAGCGAACUGGUGGCUUGAACAGCAUUCAAGUUGCUUGUACCGACGUCUUGGAAGGGCGCAGCCCGAAAAAGCUAGUUUUAGACCCCCAGGAGGAUGAUGGUAUUUGA